CCGUCGAAGACCAUCUUCCACAGGGAGCGACCCCGUCUCUGCGCCUGGUAAUAAUCGCGUUCCUCCUCUGCGUCUGGGCCAACAGGCCCAGUAUUUGCAGCCAACGCUGAGUCCGAUACCUGGUAUGUUGACGACAUGCGCCUCCCGUCGAUUCAAACAGCCCUAUUAACGCGAAUUAUGUUCCAGGCACGCCCAACUUUCCCAUGUCCUUAAGCAGGAGUCCCUCUCCCGUCCCCGGAGGAGGGUGGUCUUCUCCGGGCCUGAAUAUUAACACCAGUGGCCGAUCCAGCCCAGCGAAAGCGUCAUUUUCUGGGCCCAACGGCGGUGGCGUAACGUGGGAGUCUGCGAGGCUUAAGAGCCAAGGCGUUACGAGUUAUCCAUCCUUCUCAACACACAACCAGGGCUUCUUCACUCGACAUAUGCGACGCAUCUCGAGUAGCCUACCAUCUUUCAACACGGCGACGGAUGAUAGAUAUGCAGAGAAAGAGAAGCUUGGACGGGGCAGGUGGAAGGUUCCCCUCCUCGGAAGAAUAAGAGCCGGGAUUACACGAAUGAGUAGGAAAUGGAAGAUACGUGCGGCUAUAGCGUUAUUCCUGCUCGCGUGCUAUAUACUGUUCUAUAUCACUCCCCUGUGGUACUACUGGAGAAGAACAAGCUGGUUAGGGGGUGGGGAAAAGUUUGUCAUCAUACUUGCCGCAAAUGUUGGCGGUGGGGUGAUGGAAUGGAAAGGAGCGCGGGAGUGGGCUAUCGAAAGGGAUAGUGUGAGGAACAAACGAAAGUACGUCUCGAGAUGGGGUUACGACCUUGAAAUUGUCGACAUGAGCACCAAAAAACGGUAUGCGCACGAAUGGCGAGAAAGUUGGGAGAAGGUGGACAGUAUCAGGAACAGUUUUAGGAAAUAUCCAAAAGCUGAAUGGAUUUGGUGGUUGGACCUGAAUACGUUCGUCAUGGAGCCCUCCUAUUCGCUUCAGCAUCACAUUUUCAACAAUCUAGAAAAGCAUAUCUACCGCGACAUAAACGAGUUUAAUCCUCUCAAUAUCUCUCAUCCCCUUCAAGCCAACUAUCUGGAUCCGGAGUCAUUGAGCCCAGUAGGGGAUGGGAGCGUCGAUUCUGUAAACCUCAUACUGUCUCAGGACUGUUCGGGAUUUAAUCUGGGCUCCUUCUUUAUCAGACGAAGCGAGUGGACCGACCGUUUACUGGAUAUAUGGUGGGACCCGGUAGCAUACGAGCAAAAGCACAUGGAGUGGGAACAUAAGGAACAGGACGCGUUGGAGCAAUUAUACACAAAUCAACCUUGGAUUCGAAGUCAUACAGCCUUCCUUCCACAGCGAAAGAUCAACAGCUUCCCGACUGGCGCGUGCUCUGACAACGGAAACGACGACCGCAUCCAUUAUAAGCAGGAAGAUCGGGACUUUGUUGUUAACAUGGCAGGCUGUGAAUGGGGUCGCGACUGCUGGGGAGAAAUGUAUAAUUUCCGCGAGCUCAGCUACUAUCUGAACCGCAAUCCUUGGGAGAGGUUUAAAGAAGACCUCGUUGCCGUAAUUUGGGAGAAAAUAACGGGCCAGAAAGUCAAGUGUGCGUAUAGUCUGUUCCAUUUUCUACUUCCCCUUUCCCUUUCUUUACCUUGGCCACGUCAUCGUACCGCUUAUCUUUACCUUUUUUAACAUUUCCCUUCUCAAACUCAAUUCAUACCCGAUAGCCUUACGUAGUCAACAGUUACUAAUUAUCGGCAUUACAGUAUAGGAUAACCACCCUCUGGACCCGGUAUUGCCCUGAUUCCAACGUGGUUCCUGGUUUGGACCGCUGGAUGGCGUAAUUUUAUACUUCUCUUCCUUUGAACAUUAUAUUAUUUGUCCUCCGCCUACGACAUCUUAACGCCUCCCUAUUUGUGGCGCAAUCGGCGGCUUUGCUUGUUGCGCAAUAUACCCAUCUUGCGUUGCAACCGGAAAGGCAUGCUUAGGUCUUCGGGGGUUACCUAGUUGGCUGUCGUGCCUAUCCUUAACUUCUUUUAAUCAUGGACAUGGGCCAUUGGGAGAAAUGGUUCAGCCAGCCUAUUUUAGGGGAUGAGACGACUUGGAGUAUGAGGAAUGGGGCUCAUGUGCAUCUGUAUUGCUAUGUAAUGUAUGUCAUCCUUUGACGUUAUAUGAAAGGAUUCAAUGAUAUUGGAUAUUUAAGUUGCAAA